AGAGUUCUUGUCUAACUAAGUGUGAUUUUUGAAUGUUUUAGGUUAACGAAACAAGACAAGAAAUUCAAAUAAACCCAUCAUCAUCAACAACAACAAUAACAGAGCCUCAUGACAGCGACGUGAACGAUACGAUCAUGGAAAUUGUGAGCAAAUUGGGUCGUAUGCCCACAAAAGUACGCGAAAGAAUAUGGGCAUUUUUCUUGACAAUCACAAAUGGUUUAUUAAACAAUGAAAUAUUAGCGGAAGACUUAUCACCAUCCAUUCAUCGUUUAACAAAACCAUCAUCAACAAGUACACAUCCGAUCACCACCACGGAUUCAUUUCAUUCUUCCAUGAUUGGAACAACGUCGUCUACUAUUCGUAUUGAUACAGAUCCAACUCGUCGUCGAACAACCUCUAUCGCUACUAAUGUUGAUAGAAUUCCACCAUCCCCUCGAUCAAGUUCUACAAAACCAAAACGACCCCUCACAAUUAAUGACAUGAAUUAUUACAGUGACGAUGAUGAACCGCCACGUAAAAAACGACAACCACCACCUCAAAAACGUGUUUCAAAUAUAUUAGGUAGAAUCGAAAAUAUGUUAAAACCGUUUGAACAAUAUACGAAACAAUAUCUUGUGCCACACAUUGAAGGAGAACCAUAUGAAGAAGA